UUUUAUUUGAGCUGAGCCCAAAAAUGGUCAACUCGAGAUUUAUCAUCUCACAAACGCCUCGACAACGUGACAGCCUGUUGCACAACACCUGAAUCUAAAGUUCAAGGUAUCACAGGCAGAUCUGGUGUUGUUCAGCCGCCUCUCUGUCACUCGGCUCCACAGGUGCUGACCGAUCUGUUCGUCUGGAGCCAAACCUGCGACAUUUAACGGGACCAUGGGUGAGUGGGGUUUUCUCUCGUCUCUGCUGGACAAGGUCCAGUCCCACUCCACGGUGAUCGGGAAGGUGUGGCUCAGUGUGCUCUUCAUCUUCAGGAUCAUGAUCCUCGGAGCCGGAGCAGAGAAGGUUUGGGGCGAUGAGCAGUCGAACAUGAUCUGCAACACCAAACAGCCCGGUUGUAAGAACGUCUGCUACGACCACGCCUUCCCCAUCUCACACAUCCGAUUCUGGGUCCUGCAGAUUAUCUUCGUGUCGACCCCGACGCUCAUCUACCUGGGCCACGUGCUCCACGUCAUCAGCAAGGAGAACAAGCUGAGAGAAUACAACAACGCCCACUCGGGGGGCUUCAAACAGCCCAAGUACUCCGAUGAAGCAGGCCACGUCAAGAUCAAGGGCAACCUCCUGGGGACCUACAUGACCUCCAUAUUCUUCAGAAUCCUCCUGGAGGUCGCGUUCAUCGUGGGUCAGUAUUAUCUGUACGGCUUCAUCAUGGACCCGAGGAUCGUCUGCUCCCGGGCCCCGUGUCCCUUCACCGUCGAGUGCUACAUGUCGCGUCCCACCGAGAAGACCAUCUUCAUCAUCUUCAUGCUGGUGAUGUCCUGUAUCUCUGUGGUGUUCAACGUGGCGGAGGUCUUCUACCUGUUGUGUGCCCGCUCGGCCCGGCGGAAGUUCAAACUCGCUUCACGUUCUCCCAUCGCGAUCCAACCCCAUUUCAACAGCGACAUGAAGAACGAGAAGAUCGGCCUCCACGAAACCACUUACAGCAAAGCCUGAGGGACAAAGUGAAUAAAGAUGUGUCUCACAGCAGAACGUGGCCUGCAAGGCUACACUGAGGGUUAUUUAUUUAUUUCAGGCUUCAAAAGUUCCUGAAAAUGUAAUUUGGGGACAUAGAUUAUAAUAUAUGUAACAAUUUAAGUUUUGUGCUUUUACAUUGUGUCUUGUGUUGCUGGACAGUUUUUAACACUUCCACCUGCAACUGUCCACUGUGACCUGGGACAACAUGGACUGCAUGUCAGAGGGACCUGACCAAUCACUGCACAGACCUUUGUCUCUGGGCUCACUCACAUCGACCAAAAGCCUUUUUACAUCACUGCCAGCUGUCUUCUUCAUGUGUAAAGGUUUCUAUUUUCAAUAAAAUGUUUUAUUUUCUCCUAAACUGUUAAAGUUUUCAGGGAUUCGCUUUUGAAAGUGUCAAUAUUUUUACAUAUUUUGUACUUAAACAUGACUGCAUGCACAUUGUGCUUGUAACUAAUUGUGAAUUUCAUGAAUUCAAUAAAGUCACUUUUGUGAAA